UAACGUCAAAAAGCAUCCGCGGAUCCUCUUCCUUUCAUUGUUUGUCGAAGCUGUUCCGACUAAAGCUGCCUGCCCACGUGCGUGACACCAUCGGGAGUGGAUCUUUGGGGUUUGUGCCUAGUCAAGAUCAUAAGUUGGCAUUUCCUUUUGGGAAUAAAGAUGGAAACUGGGUGCAGCAGCUGUGGAGCAGUGAGUUGUUCUUAAGCUUCCUGGACACGUUGAGGCGUGUUGCGAUGCAUGCAUUUAUUACAAGCAAUGGGUUUGAGUCUUCUUCAUUUUUUGUAUCACGUGAAUUUGGUACGAGAUGUGAGAGAGAAUCAAACUCAUUGGUCGUAGAUUGUAUUGUAAUAUAUUUCAAGGUGUGCAGGGGGUUUAAGAUUCAUGCUGGAGGAUAGUGAUGUUGGAAGCAAUAGUGGACUAUUUGAGAGUAGACUAUCAAAGCGUUGCUCUUGAGCUGUGUAUCCACCUGUGAGUGGAUUUGUAUGAGCUUCACUAUAGGGGACAGACAUAUUGGAAGUGAGAGUGGACUGAAAAAUAGACUGUUGAAAAGUUGACUUGAGGCUGCAUGUCUACUCGGAGCGAUUUUUAGGAGAUGCUUCUCUUGAAUACGUCUUCGCGUAGUAUAAGAGAAGAGAUGGACUUCGAAUAAAUAGUGCAUUUCGUGAAAUAUUCGUUUGCGGAUUCGAACCCUAUGAAUAUUGAAUUAAAUGAAGUGUGAAGCUCGUUGGUUGUACAAGGUGUUUCGGAAGUAGAUAGUUUUUGUUUUUAUGCGAGAAUAUUUUUAAUUUUAUCUGGAACCUUCUUUUCUUUUUAUAUGUUGACUUUUGUUUUUAUUCAGGCAGGCAUUGAUAAUAUAUUUCGAUAAUGUAAACUGCUCGAUUAUUUUUUUAUUUUGAGAAGGAAUAAUAAUCUGCAGAAUUUUUAAAUAAAAAGUGCUUGACUAAUCCUCUUUACUUCCUAAAGCACCUUGUAUAAUUUAAGAUUCAUGCCAUUUUCAAGUCUAUGCACUUCAAAACUGUACUGUUCGUGCUGAAAGUCGUACGCGACCUUCGCGCAACAUUUCAUAGCGACAAAAUGGCGGAACUAGCGAAGACAAAGUGGCAGAUAACCUCAAAACUCUUCAAUUCACUGAACGGUCUACUGCCGAAGAACGCGUGGAGCACGAUCAACAAUUGCAACGCGCCAAUGGACGACGCAUUGCUGAAGGAUGCCAGCUUCAAUGAUCCUUUUUAUUAUCCCGGCGCAGAAAACGACCCGUACAAGAAGCAGCUAUUCGGCUGCACCCUCUGCGGCAGGACAUACACCUGGAUGUACAGUUUACGACGACAUUUGCUACAGUGCGGCAACAAGGAGGCGAGAAACAAGUGCCAGUUUUGCUCGAGGAAGUUCUACAGACGCGACAGGCUCAAAGAGCACUUGCUGGCUCAUCAUUCGGACAUGAUCUAAAGAAUCAUCCCUACGAAAUUAACCCCUGAACGGAUGACACUAUAUACACAGGGUCAUUAAAAGAACGAAUCAUAGAAUAAUGAAAUAAAAUGAUUAUCGAUGACAAACAAGACUGAUGAGUUUUGCUUGAUAAACAGGAACACGAUCUUGAGUAGACUGUUUCUUA